AUGGAGAAUCCAACCAUCACAUGCGCCUUCCCAACCCAUCAUGAGGUCUCAGACCCAGAACCCAAUGCUAUCCUGAUAAGCAAGCGGGGAGAUGGCAUCACGACGAUCGCCAUCAACCGCCCAGAAAAACGAAAUGCCAUAAGCAUCCCAACAGCCAAGAAGCUUCACGCAGCAUUCCUCGACUUUGAAUCCGACACAUCUCAGAAGGUCUGUGUAUUUUACGGCACCGGAGGGACGUUUUCAGCCGGUUUCGAUCUAACACAGUUGGAGACUUGGGACCGGCCCACAUCAGACACUGCCCGACAUUCCAGCAUCACCCGAACAUACUUUGAGCCAGUCCGCGGCGAAAACAUUGGUCCGCUCGGCCCAACUCGUAUGCAUGUUCGAAAACCAGUUAUAUGUGCAGUCUCUGGCUAUGCUGUUGCUGGUGGACUUGAGUUGAGUCUUCUUGCGGAUAUGAGGGUGGUGGAGGAGGACGCUGUAUUUGCGGUCUCCAGUCGGAGACUUGGAGUCCCGCUGCUGGACGGCGGGACUGUAAGACUGCCGCAGAUCCUGGGUCUAGGGCGAGCCUUGGAUGUGAUAUUAACGGGAAGACCUGUGAAAGCAAAGGAAGCUCUGGAGCUGGGGUUGGCGAGUAGGGUGGUGCGGAAGGGCCACGCGCUGGAAGAAACAAUGAAGCUUGCCCAAACACUGAUGGCUUUCCCGCAAGAGUGCCUGAAUGUUGACCGACAUUCGUGCUAUUACAGCGCAUACAGUGCACAUUCACUCGAAGACGCAUUGUCUCAGGAGUUUGAGGCAGGUUCUAGAGUUAGUGAUCUCGCCAUCGAAGCAGGGCUCGGAUUUGUUCAGAAAUCGCGGAGGCAGUCGAAGCUUUGA